AUGAUUGAUAAUGAAUUGCCUGAUGAAAAGGAUUACCUUGAUAGGGUUUUAAUCCUUUUCUUUUUAAUUUUUAAUAAUUCUUCAAAAAUUUUAUUUAUCACAAUAAUAAUUAUUGGAACAUUAAUUACGGUAACUUCUAAUUCUUGGUUAGGAGCUUGGAUAGGUUUAGAAAUUAAUCUAUUAUCUUUUAUUCCCCUCAUAAGAGAUAAUAAUAAUUUUAAAUCUACAGAAGCUUCUUUAAAAUAUUUUUUAACCCAAGCUUUGGCAUCAACUGUUUUAUUAUUUGCAGUUAUUUUAUUAAUAUUAAAAAAUAAUUUAAAUAGUGAAAUUAAUGAAUCUUUUAUUUCUAUAAUUAUAUUAUCAACUUUAUUAUUAAAAAGAGGAGCAGCACCCUUUCAUUUUUGAUUUCCUAAUUUAAUAGAGGGUUUAACUUGAAUAAAUGCAUUAAUAUUAAUAACGUGACAAAAAAUUGCACCUCUAAUAUUAAUUUCCUAUUUAAAUUUAAAAAAUUUAUUAAUAAUUAGAGUAAUUUUAUCUGUUAUUGUAGGAGCAAUUGGGGGAUUAAAUCAAACUUCUCUCCGUAAAUUAAUAGCUUUUUCAUCAAUCAAUCAUUUAGGAUGAAUAUUAAGAGCCUUAACAAUUAGAGAAUCAAUUUGAAUAAUUUAUUUUUUAUUUUAUUCUUUUUUAUCUUUUGUUUUAACUUUUAUAUUUAAUAUUUUUAAAUUAUUUCAUUUAAAUCAAUUAUUUUCGUGAUUUUUACAAAAUAAGAUUUUAAAAUUUACUCUUUUUAUAAAUUUUUUAUCCCUAGGGGGUCUC